AUAAGAGUGUGUAUGUGUAGAGCCCAGCAGUAUGGUGUCCCCCUCGCGGUCCGCACACCUCCUCCUCUGGCUGGCAGGGCAGGGGUCAGUGACUUGUGUGUGCCCUGCUCUUUGCUGGCAUCAUGCAGGGAGGGGGCAGAGCACUCGGGGACUGGUCAGGGCAGGCAGUGCAGGAGUUAAAGGCUCUUCUAUUUCCGGGUUUGCUCAUUGCUUAGGGCUUUGAGAGAAGAAGAAGGAGGGAGGGAGAGCGGAGCAUCAUCAUCAUCAUCAUCAUCAUCACCAUCACCCCCUGUCCACAGCACAGCACACAUCACAGCCAGAGCCGCCGCUGCCCAGCAUCAUCCUCCUGCAGGGAGCCGGCAUGUCUGCUGUGUGAGCGGGGCAGGAGCUCGGUCCGGCGGACUCAUCACUCAUCUGCUCCGUGACACAUUGAUUGACAGGCGGCUGUGAGAGCAGCUCCUCUGCCCGGCGUCCCCUCCAUGCUCCAGCCUCCAGCCCUCCAGCUCCAGCACCUUGUCCCCCAGCCCUGUGCUCCCCUCCAGCCAGGAGCUGCUGCUGCUAGCGCCCUCACCUCCCAUUGUCUCCAGCCACAAGGACGAGCACAGGCGGAAUGGCACAAAGGUACGACGAAAUGGUGCAUUACCCAGGGUUAGAUGGGAUCUCCCUGUCGGGAUUUGGGGAUGCACACACAGGAAGAGCCAUGCAGCAUCACUCCCUAAGUCAGAGCUCACCCUAUGGGACUGCUGGGGCACCUCAUCGGGUCCCCAUGCCACCCGGGAUGGGCAGCAACGACGGCCUGAAGAGGGAGAAGGAUGAGAUUUAUGGACACCCCCUGUUUCCCCUGCUGGCGCUGGUCUUUGAGAAGUGUGAGCUCGCUACUUGUUCACCACGGGAUAAUUCUGGCUCCUUCCCAGGGGGAGACGUGUGCUCCUCGGAUUCAUUCAACGAAGACAUUGCUGUAUUUGCCAAACAGGUCAGAACAGAAAAACCUCUAUUCUCCUCCAACCCAGAGCUGGACAAUCUGAUGAUCCAAGCGAUCCAGGUUUUAAGAUUUCACCUGUUAGAGCUAGAAAAGGUUCACGACCUUUGCGACAAUUUCUGCCACCGAUACAUCACCUGUUUGAAAGGCAAAAUGCCCAUCGACCUAGUCAUAGACGACCGCGACGGUUCCUCCAAAUCAGACUUGGAAGAUUUCACGGGAUCCUGCACGAGUUUAUCGGAUCAGCAGAAUAAUUCAUGGAUCCGCGAUCACGACGAAACAGGCUCCACCCACUCAGGAACGCCGGGUCCGUCCAGUGGAGGGUUGGCAUCACAGAGCGGGGAUAAUUCUAGUGAACAGGGUGACUGUCUAGACAACAGUGUGGCAUCACCCAGCACGGGGGACGACGAUGAGUUAGACAGGGAUAAAAAAAGGAACAAGAAAAGAGGCAUCUUCCCUAAAGUCGCCACAAACAUAAUGAGGGCGUGGCUCUUCCAGCACCUUUCGCAUCCCUAUCCCUCAGAAGAACAAAAGAAACAGUUAGCACAAGACACCGGGCUCACGAUACUACAGGUCAAUAACUGGUUUAUUAAUGCAAGAAGACGAAUCGUCCAGCCAAUGAUUGACCAGUCAAAUCGAACAGGUCAGGGUGGUGCCCCCUAUAGUCCAGAUGGUCAAAACAUUGGUGGCUAUGUUAUGGAUGGCCAGCAACACAUGGGACUCCGCACAUCAGGCUUCCAAGGGAUUCCAGGGGAUUACAGUUCGGCCCCAAGCUCUAUGACCAUGGGAUUCCCACCGGCCGGUUACACGCCCACAAUGCCCCCGCACCCUGCCGGCCUCCGUCACGGACCGUCUUUACACUCCUACCUCCCCGGGCACCCCCACCACGCCUCCAUGAUCUUGCCCACUGGCACCUCCCCUCACCAUUUGGUGUCAGCGCAGAGCCCGGCAGACGCACUUCUGAACGGUCAAAACAUAGACAUUCACGCUCACUAACAUUCAGCCAUACCGGGUGUCAGGGUCGUCAUAUUUUUAUCUUUUUCCUUAAGCUUCCAAAAAACUAAAACACAAAGCCUUGUGAACAUAUCCUCAGUUCUAGUUUGACUUGUUUCCCCUCAGAGGGGAGAAUGAAAAAUAAAAAAUACCCUCCAGCCGAGGAGUAGCUGCCAUGAGGAUAAAAAAGCAGGGACUUGAAAGGAACGAAGAACUGAACCCUCUCUGCUGUCUUCCUAUGUAUGUCGCAGUCUGGACUGAAGAGCUGACACUCGGUGUGAGGAAAACCCUCAUAGUUCUGGGUUUUCAUUUGUCACGCACACCCUCCUGCCCCACAAUUCCCUUUCUUUGGAUGGACCAACAUAGAACUUGAAUCUACGGACAGAUGUGAACUGAAGCUCGAGCUCAUGGAAACUUUUUUUUUUUUGGUUUGUUUUUUUCUACGCCAUCACUUGCAGCAGGGACUAAGUUAAACUUGUACAUUUUUUAAUUAAUAUUAUAAUUAUUUGGGUUGAUAAGUGUAUUGUUUUACCUGUUUUUUUAUGAUAAAGAAAAAGAACUUGAAAAAAUUCCACUGUGGAUGUAAAUAUAUAAUUGUAUAAAUAUUUAUAGCACUCAUAAACUUCAGGAUCUGUA